GUGUGUGUGUGUGUGUGUGCGCGUGUGUGUCUCUCUGUGUGUGUGUGUGCGUGCGCGUCGCUCCACAGGUUGAGUCCAGAGAUCUUCCUGAAGAGGCCGGUCGUUGAGGGGAACCGCUGGCGUCUGGACUCCAUUCUGAAACGCAAAGCGCAACAAGGCGUUCGGAUCUUUGUGAUGCUGUACAAGGAAGUGGAGUUAGCGCUGGGCAUCAACUCUGAAUACAGCAAGAGAACGCUGCUGACGCUUCACCCCAACAUCAAGGUGAUGCGUCACCCCGACCACGUCUCCUCCGCCGUUUACCUGUGGGCGCAUCACGAGAAGAUCAUCGUCAUCGACCAAUCGGUGGCCUUCGUCGGUGGGAUUGACCUGGCGUACGGCCGCUGGGACGACAGGGAACACCGGCUGACGGACAUUGGGAGUGUUACACUCUCACACCUGGAGCAGCCGGAAGCCACCUCCUCCAACAUGGCCGCCCCGUCCGGCGGCGGCGGCGGAGCCCAGAGCAACGGGAGAGGCAUCUUCACGGUGAUGGACUCGGCGGACCAGCCCAGGCUGAAAGGUCAGGGGAGGCCGAAGAGGUCCAGGUUCAGCAUCCGGAGACACCUGCAGAAACACGGACUGGCCUCGGCCGACAGCGACAGCGAGCUGGAGGAAGAAGAGAGUGAGUGGAUAGAUAUUUAUUGAAUAUAUUUAGUUAUGUUUAUUGAUGGCAUAAUGGUCUUAUUAUUUACGUUCUUUCAAGAGGACAGUUGUGAUGUUUUUAAGUGUGUUUGUAUGAGGUUCUUCUCCACAGUCAGUGUGUUACUACAGUGUGUUACUACAGUGUACUUGCUGUCAGACAGACCUUUCUGACGGGGAACUGAAGCUGUGAUCUACCACCAGACUACGCUGUGAUUUUAGCUCUCAGAACACAGGAGUUGCUUCUCUACCGCUGCCUUGAUCGGAUAGUUUGUUUGUGUUGUAGUGCGACUUUGGUGAAUCUAAACCAAAUCUUUAAAAACACCAAAGUCACACUAUUGGACAACAGUGUCGUCUGUCUCGGCCAUCUGAGGUAGUAAAACGAGUCCCGGAAUGCAAGAACAGGAGUUGGCGUUCUUUAAAGCUUCUCCUCCGGCAGCGUUGGCCUCCGUCUGUGCUGCGGUCUCAGUGUUUGUGGCCGCUGUGUUCAGGUUGGUCCAUCAGCAUCUCCAGCCAGCACACGCUGAUCCCCGGCAGGCCGGCGGAGCUGAGGACGGCCGCUCCGAUCGGCCAGAGCCGGGCUGGUGAGUCGGUGGUGAUGCCGUGUGCUUUGCUGUGGUUCUGAUCCGGAUUGAACGGCCUUUGAGUUUCUGAGUUUGCAGCUUUGUUUAUAUAAUAUGGAGAUUUAUUCAGUAUAUCUUUUAGUUGAUUGAGCUUUUUAAGAUUUACUGUCUUGAAUCUGUUGGUCAAAGCAAAAAAGUCAAAUAUUUGCUUUUCAAAUGUGACAAUUUGCUGCUUUUCUCUGAUUUAUAUCGUCUUAAACUUUGUAUUUUAAAGGUUUUGGACACAAACAGGAGAUUUCAAGACAUCACUUGAGUCUUGCAGAACUUUGUUUUUUAAUUUUAAUAACAAAAAUAUAAUAAAUUGAGGCGAUGGACCCAGGCUUAGAAGUAUUAAGUUGAUUUAAUACAUAAAAGCUAAUAACCACGAGGAUAAAAACGGGCAAAUACUGACGUGUGGCCUAUAAAUUCUUACAUUUCUCUAUUAUGCAUUACACCAGUUUUUUAUUAACUGCUAUUUACUACUUUAAACAAAUUACUUUUAAAAAACACACAUUAUUGCGGUUCUUUUCUUCGAUUGCUCUUCAUUUACUCAUGUUUGUUUUAAUGUAUUUCAGGUAAGUAAAAUGAUUAAAACACAUGUUUGAGUGCAGUGUGCAUGUCUCCUCUCAGAGGUUCUAGUAAUCUCGACUGAAGUGCUUUCUUCCCUCUGGCGGCUGUUUAAUUUCUGCUGUCAGAGUAUUUCCAAACACCGAUGUAUCACAUGAUCAGACCACAGCUUCUCUCUUAAACCAGUCGCACGUGGUGUUAUUCUUCAUUCUGUAAUGUCUUUGUUACCGGCAUCAAACAGGAGGAAACACAGCAUUUGUUGGACUAUUUUCAGCGGCGGAUUAAUCCACAUUUGG